AGCCCCUGAGACUCUUCUUUAUUCAGUGCUAUCGUUAGAUACAUAAAAAACAGCACAUCAACCCAAUCCCUUCCCGGGAAAGAUUACUGCCUAUUCAAAUCGAAAUCAAUAAUAACCUUCCCCCUCGCCUUCCCACUCGCCACGCGAUCAAACGCCUCCUUGAACUGCGUCACAGGCCACACACUAUCCACCGUGCCCCUAACCUUGCCCUCCUCAACAAGCUUCGUAAUCGCUUCGAGAUGCUCGCGCACAGGCCCCAUGAUAAAGAACCUCCCCUUCACAUUGCCACUAUAGCCCUCGGGAACAGCCGUCUCGGGCGGCUGGAAGAUACUAAGCAGCACGCCGUCGUCCUUGAUCGUCCACCAGGCAUCUUCCAGGGAUUUCCGCCCGAUGCAGUCGAUCACGACGUCGACCUGCCCGGCAGACUCGACCCACUUCUUGAGGGUGGUCGUCUUGUAAUCAACAACAUCGUCCGCCCCGAGAGACUUGACAAAGUCGACAUUAUCCGUCCCGCAGGUGCCAAUGACAGUCGCGCCAGCGACCUUGGCAAGCUGGACAACCCAGCUCCCAACACUCCCGCUGGCAGCGGUAACAAGCACCCGCUUCCCCUUCCAAUUUCCACUCUCGAUACUACCCAGCCCCGCCUGCACAAAAAGCGCCUGCCACGCCGUCUGUGCAGACAGCGGGAUCGCCGCCGUGGCAGCCCACGAGAGGCCCCGGGGCCGUUUGGCGAUUUCCUCGGUGACGCCGAUGGUAUACUCGCUGCCGGCGCCAUUGCGGAGAUAGUUUGCGCGCGCGUAGACCUCGUCGCCGGGUUUGAAGGGGGAGUUUUCCGGUGCGACGACCACCGUGCCGGCCAUGUCGGGGCAGGGGAUCCAGAGGUCGCGGCCGCCCUCGGGCGGGAAGUUUGCCGGCCAGAGGAGUUCGCCGGCGCAGGGGGAUACCGUGUGGAUGCGGAUGAGGUGCUCGGAGGUGUUUGGGGUGGGCUUGGGGGUUGGGACGGUGGCGAGGGUGAGGUUGGUGGAUUUGGGAUCUGGUUGGGUGAUUGCGAGCAUGGUUGCGGGGAUGUUGGUGGACAUUUUGGUGGUGGUCGUUGGUUUUGUUGCGAAGUGCCGGGUGAGAGAUGCGAUUCGGGUCGAAAGGGACAUGGAGGAUUGUCUAGACAAGCCGAGGAAUUGCUGAGGAGGAAAGUCUCUCGGAAAGCGACGAGCAGACCUCUUUUAUAUCCGAGUCUCAGUAUAUAGAUCGAUGAUGCUCUGAUCUCGAGAGCGGCAGGCACAGCCGGAUAGGCGAUAGGCUAUUGAAAGUGCCCGACCCAUGGAUUCCGGGACAAUGGGAAUUGUGGGACCACUGCCACAGUUCUGGACCAGGCUCAGGCCCAGGGCCGGUUCUAGCCUAAUGGUCUUAGCGUCGCUUAGCAUCUCCAACGCUAUCGAAUUUCGAGACCAGAGCCAAGAGGUUUUGACUCACUUUGGCUUCAGGACAGGUGGAGUUUGCGACUUUGCUACCGCCGCGAUUGGCGUCCGGGAGGAGGACUUGUAAAGCAGGACUUGAACUGUCUCAGAGCGCCAGUCUUUCAAGCGGCGUGGAGGGGUGAGAUCUGUCCUCUCGAAUCGCGCAGAAUCAUCGUGGGACCAUCGAACAAUCAUCGAAGAGGACACGCAGGACAUAUCCAUUCAAGCCAUAAAUUGACAGCAACUGCCAUCUUUUUCUUGCCGCAUGCCCAAUCGUCUCUCAGUUCUCUGCGCAGCAGACCUCGCACAAAUGCGCCGAACACGAACACGAACACACCGGUCCAACCGGAUCUCAACGCAUCCCUCCCUCCUCAGCAUCAUCUUCCUCACAUUCCUAUUCGCGUUCAGUGCACGCGCAUGUCUAGGGAAUCCCCCAGACGAGUCUUCCGAGAAGAUAAUCGGAAUCCACCUCGGGCGCACCGAGUCGCGCGUCGGGGGCGUGAAAGAUGGUCGGAUUGUUGUCUUUCCAGAGGAAGAAGGCGGGUAUGAUCCCGGUAGGAUUCCCUCUGUUGUCAGUCUUACGGAGAAAGGGUUGGUGGUGGGCGAGGAGGGGAGAAGGGCGGGCGGUCCGGAUCUGUUCAAGGCUGUGCUUGAGAUCGGCGACUACUUCCCGACCCCUGAGAAUCCAAAUCCAUCACCAAAACGAACACCACAACCUGGAAUCGAAUACGUCCUGGACAAAACCAGCCAUCCCGAAAUCCAAGUCACGCUCAACAAUGCCACACACACAAUAUCCCCACCUGACAUCUACGCCCCCCUCCUCACGUCUCUCCGCUCCAUCGCCGAAGACUCACUCGGCGCGGGCAUCACGGGCGCAGUGAUAACCCUGCCCCGCGGCGCAACAGACCGCGACCGCUCCUUCAUCGAGCGCGCAGGCGCUCUGAUCGAGCUACCCAUCAUCCGCCAGCAGAAUGAGACGACGAGCACCAUUUUAGCACUGGGACUUGACGAAGAGUCCUAUGGAACCGACCGGUACGCGCUCAUGUUCGAUCUGGACAGGGACGCCGAGGAAAUGCAUCUGCGUCUCGUGGAAAUCGACAUGGGCGUGGUCGACACGAUCGCGGCGCAUUCUGUCGCGGAGAUUGCAGGCAAUAUUGGCGAUGCAGAGUAUAUGGACGACGCGGUCGUGGAGGAUCUCUCGGCCAUCUUGAAGACGGAGGCGAUGGGGUCCGUCGGUUCUUUGGUAAAUGCCGCUCUCGCGAGAAGUGGGCAGAGGGCGAUCGAUGAGCUCCUGCGAAAAGCAAACUUCACCCGUAACGAAAUCACAGAUCUCAUCUUCACGGGCGACGCCGCGUUCUAUCCGGAAAUACAAGACAGCAUCGAAGCCUACCUCACCCGGGCCCACGUCCAGUCCGCGGCUGGAGACGGAACCAGCACCGGCGCGAGGAACGAAAUCAACGUAGCGAAUGGCAUGACGCUCUCCGCCGCCCCAAUAUGGGGCGCAGCAUUGACAGCGUACAGGAUGAUGGUUGAAGACUGGGUACCCUGCUGCUGCAGCACGCGACGGCCGCCGAUUGGGGUUUCCGUUGUUGGUGGUGGUGAUUUUGUGGAGGUUAUUCCAGCUUGUCAGGAUGUUCCGAUACUGCUGUCGAAGGUCGUCGAGGGGAAAUGUGACGACAGUGGGCAGAUGAGGAUCCAGGUGGUCAUGCGCGAUGUCCCGAGUGUCGACUAUCAUGCGCAGUUUGAGCUGGGCGAUGCGUAUGUGGCCAAUGAAACGAUAACCGACAUCCUCGUCACGGAAUUCGAACUCCCGACAGCCUGCGAACCGGAUACGCCUGUCGCAAUCGAAAUUGAAAUGCUGCUCAGUCGCCAAAUGGAACUGCGCGUGAAAGCGACAGACCGGGAAAGUAACGAACCAAGACUACUUACGGUCCCCUAUCUGAAUUCCGAGUGUGGUGCAAAGGACCGCGAUGCGCCGAGGCAGUAUUCGCUUGAGAUUGAUUCUGCGGCUGGGAGCUCUCUCGAGGCCGAGUACCAGAGGGAGCUCAGACGGCUUGUCGGGGGUUCGAGCGGGCAGAAGACGGUUCUUGCGAGACGGGCUGAGUAGACACUGCGGUAUUGAGAGUAUGCUUGAGCGGAGAUGCUAACAAUACACAAACAAGUCACCGACUCUUACUCCCCUCACCACUAUCUCCCUCCCCAACCGCCUUUUCUGCAGCGCCAACGUCAAAGCCCUCAUGCAUAAACUCGCCCACAUCAACCUCAACAUCAAUCCCCAACCCCUCAAACCCGCCCAACCCAUUCCCACUGUCGUUCCCAUUAUUCCCGUCCCCAUUCGACCCUUCAGCCGCACCCCCAAGAAUAUCCCUCGCAACCACAACAACCUCGCGAUACGUCCGCCGUCCCAGCGGCCAAAUGUCACUAAUCCUCUUGAGCACCGCAACAACAAGUCUAAUACGUUCCCUCUCAAUACUCAGUCUCGGCCCCGCAUACACCCACUUGUACGCGCUCAAAUGCGCAAUCGCCGUGUUCGCAAUCAUACAGAUGAUAAACGGGCUAU